CCAGGUGCGCCGGGCGCGGAGGCUUGCUGACUUGUGCUGACCCGUUUGGGCAUCUUGUACCUUUUAAAUAGAGUGCCUUUUGGCUUAUGCAGUGUCACGUGGUCUCUCAGGACUCCUGGCAGGUAUUUGAUAAAUACUACGUUGCUGCUAGAGACUGUAAUACUGCAGUAGACACCGUUAUUACAUCAGUCAUAUCACAUAUGUGGCCUCCGUAGGGCAGUCUCGCAGUUCUUACGUAACUUAAGGAGGCGGAGCCUACAGGAAAUUUAAACCGAAGCCGCGGUCAAGGGCGCUCUGAGAAUGAUGCUAUAGUUGCGGAGGAACAUCCAGUGCACGGGAGUCUGAAAGAACUAAUGGAGCCCGCGAAUGUGUUACAGCGGCCUUGAAGAAUUAACGAGGCCGAGAAAGAGCCGAGAAUUUGAGGGGAUAGCCGGGAAACGGCGACGAUUGCUUUGAACUGGAGAGUUCAAUGGCUGAAAGUAGACUCCGGGCUCCGGACCUAGGGGCCCAGCUAGGAGUUGCCCGUUGUCAGGGGAAGUGCCAGAAGAGCUCACCAGACGCCGGGAGGCAGCCCUUGUCUGGAAAAUCCUUUUACUUGGAUCUGCCCGCUGGCAAGAACCUCCAGUUUUUGACUGGGGCCAUCCAGCAGCUGGGUGGGGUAAUUGAGGGUUUCCUGAGCAAAGAAGUAAGUUACAUCGUGUCCAGCCGCAGGGAGGCGAAGGCAGAGAGUGGAGGGGCGAGUCACAGAGGCUGCCCCAGCCCCGUCGAGGUCAGAGUGGAGACACCGUCCGUGGCCAACCCGAAAGACAGCCAUGCCAGGCCUGCCCAGAAACCCGUGGAGUCGGUGCCUCUGAGCAGAGGGAAGGAGCUCCUGCAAAAGGCCAUCCGAAACCAGGGGAGCAGCAGCAGCCUCCUGAGCAACGCCCGCUCCUGGGGAGUGCGGAUUCUACACGUGGACGAAAUGAUGGUGCACGUGCAGCAGCUGUCUCUUGAAGCGCUACGUGUGAGGAAGCACGGGCCACAGAAGCCAGAGGGAACAUGUCCAGCAGAGUCAAGAACACGGAAAGUGGCCAGGCUGAAGGCGCCCUUCCUCAAAGUGGAAGAUGAGAGCAGGAAUUUUCGUCCUUUCUACCAUCAGUUUAAAUCCUUUCCUGAAAUUUCUUUUCUGGGACCCAAAGAUGCAAGUCCCUUUGAGGCCCCGACAACUCCAGGCAGCUCGCACCGUGCCAGAGAAGCCAAGGAACAGGAGCCAAGCCCGCGAUCGACCGCCCGCACCGUGCCCAGAAGGAAGAAAGGGUACUGCGAGUGCUGCCAAGAGGCCUUCGAGGAGCUGCACGGGCAUCUUCAGAGCCCCCAGCACCAGGGCUUUGCCCUGGAAGCCCACUCAUAUGCUAAAGUCGAUCAGAUCAUCGCCCAGCUCAGCCACAGCUUUGUGGACACCCCCUUCCAGACCAGCCUCCCCAGGCAGCCAGCCUCCUUGACUUCCGAUUGUGACCCUUUGUGUCUUGAGACGCCACCUCCCAGCCAGCCCUCCCACGUCAGGGCAGCGUCUCCCAGGAGGAGGAAAGAAGAUCGCCAGGCCCCAGGGGCCCCAGAGGGGGCAGCAGGCAACAUGAAGGCACCAGCGGACCCUGUGGAGGCUGCCAGGAUGCCCAGACCAGGAGCAAGCUGCCAGGAGCCAGGGACAUCAGCCGAUGUCUUUGUGGGUCCCCCAGAGACACCAGUGUCCGGGAGCCCUGCUUACCAGUGCCUCCUGCCCAGCUCUGGGUUUGCCCAGUUCUCCUCUGGGCCAGACCUGGCACUUGUUGGCCACAAGCGGAAGGUUCAGUUCCCCACUGGCAAUGCUGAGAAGAGGCCAGAGGUGUCCUGGCCACAGGCCUCGUUCUUUGUCCCGAGAGUGCCCAGCCCCUGUGGCCCCAGGACAACCAGUGGCCAGCUUCAUCUCCCCGUUCCCGGCCAUGAGCCCAGGCCUCUGGCCUCCCUCCUGCCCUUGUGCCACCCGCAGACCUGCCUCUCCCUCCACGGCCCUGUGCCCGGACAGCCCACAGACAGGCCAGCAGAGUUCUGGGCCACACAGGCCCCCUGGCCUGGGGGAGGACAGCCCCCAGGAUCUAAGGAUUCUGAGCGUGCAGCCCCUGACCUUGUCUCCCAGCAGGCUGAGCAGCUCCGCAGCAGCCCCGCAGCUCCAGGCCAGCCGUCAGCACCCCCGCAUUCAGCGGUGGGCACACAGUCCCCAGGAGGACCCACAGAGAGCCAGUCCUCUUCUCCCCGCUCCACUCUGCCAGCCAGCGGGGGCGCCAGCUGCUCCCGGUGGUUCUGGACCCCCCAGCCUCUCCCAGUCCCCUGCCCCACUAUCUCCCAGCCCCACCCCCAGCCCUGCACCAAAGGAGGGGUGCUCCUGUGAGUCCCCCGGACACACAGCUUGGGGGCCAGACAGCUCCCGUCUCGACGGCCACCUUGAGCUACAUCUCUGCUAAGGGCUGCACACCCAGCCCGGCCGACCAGACACAGAAGGAGGAGCCUCUCCCGGGGCCUGGCCCUCGAAGUCCAAGUGAGCAGCCCCGGUCAUGGUCAAGCUCUGUGGGGCUGACCAAGCCAGUCCUCCCACCUGCCGGGUCUUCAGGUGGGACCAAGAGCAUCUGGGCUGGGGGCUGUCCUCUCCCCUACCUCCAGCCACGGCUUGCACAGCCAUGGCCGGCCACGUAGGCCAGGAGGCCAAGGCAAGAUUGGCGUAGGAAGGGCCCACAAAGAAGCUGGAGUGGCAGGAGCCCUGGCCUGGCUUCCUGUCCCUCUGCGGGGCCCUUGCUCUGCAGAGCCAAGAGGGUUGGUUGCUGGUAUCCCCACCCCCACUCCCAGGCUCCUUUCCCACAAGCAUGUGGCUCCUGCUUUCUGAGAUGCCUGUGUCGUCCCCUCCCCCCGCCCCCCACGCUCGUGCACACAGAUCCUCGGGAACAUAUGAAGCAGAGGAGGGGCUCGGCUGCACCGCUUGCCGAGCUCCCUGCCCACUGCACUGAGUCGGGGCCCAGCCCCGACCUCUCCCCUGAGCCCGGGAUGUGGCCAGAGCCCCCUCUGGGGACCCCUCUCAGCUCUUCCCUGCCCACCCAGAGUUCUGUUCCGGGGUCAGCGGCUCACCUGCCAACUUCCGCAUCUCCCUUCUCCCUCCCUCCUUCCCUAAGGACCUCCCCCCAUUUCUCUCAUGCAAGCCAUUAAUCUGGAGACAGAUGAGUUUGCAAUCGAUUCUUUGGCCACUUUUUUUUUUAUUAUGUUCUGUGCUGUGGUUCUUCUCACUCUUCUCUGCUUCUGUGUUUGUCUCUUUAAAUGUUGAUGCCACCAGAAGCCUGGUGCUAUUCUGUAUCUCAGUAUGGAGGAAGAAAAGGGGGCCUAGCUGCAGGCGAGGACCCGAGUUGUUAGUUUGGAAAUAGAGCAACUAGGUGUACAACCCUCUUAGAGGUUAUCUUUGGCCUUUUUAUGCCAUCCUGUUAAAUUUCACAAUUAAUCUUAGGCCAGGAGACGUGAAAUAAAUUUGUUAAAACAAAUAGCAAA